AUGUUUGUUCUGGCUGUCAUGGAAGAUAACAUAAGGGUGAAGCCGCAUCAAUUCGGCGAACUUUUCGAACAGGUAGUCAGAAAACAGCUUAACCAACGAUUCGCAAAUAAAAUAGUCCCUGGCCUUGGGCUUUGCAUAGCGGUCCACGAUUUUAUAGAAGUGGGUGCCUCAUUCAUUCUUCCUAGUGAUGGCAGUUCACAUACUCGCGUGAAGUUUCGAUUCAUCGUUUUCAAACCAUUUGUCGACGAAAUAAUAGAAGCUGUUGUUGCCUCAAGCAAUAGUAAAGGGCUUACGUUGUCAUUGACAUUUUUCGAUGAUAUUUUCGUUCCCGCCGAACGACUUCCGCAAACUUCAGUUUUCGAAGAGAAUGAACAAAUUUGGUACUGGGAAUAUCGAUCAGAUGAAGAUGAACCCCCAGCUAAAUUAUAUAUGGACCCAGGGAAAAGAAUUAGGUUUCGCGUUGUCGAGAACAUUUUCAAAGAUAUUGAUCCUGGUCUUGCACCGGAAGAAGCAAUGAAAGAAAAAUCAUAUCAAAUAAUUGGCUCAAUGGCGGAAUCAGGCUUAGGUUGUGUGCAGUGGUGGGCACCGGCAGAGGAGGCUUUUUAUGAGAAAGAUGAUGAUGAAGAAGAUCAAGAAACAGAUUAA